AUGGCAUUGCCAAGUGAGAACAUUGUUCAAAACUUGAUUAGUGCGGCAUCUAGGGCUGCAUCAUCUUCUACUUCCGAUUUUGAUGAUUUUGAAGGGUUAGUGCAAGAAACCAGACGGUCCUUUAGAAGAAGGCAGACAUCAAAUGGCCGAAAGAAAAGCUCCAAGGUGAAAAAAAAUGUUUUUCUCUUCAGGCGGAACAAUGUUGACUUCGUUCCCACUACAAAGGAGAUCAAUUACCUGAAUGAAAAUAAUAUGGGAAAACGAGAAAAGGCUCAUUUUGAAAGACAUUGGUCAGUACCAGAGAUUGAAUCCCAUAUUCAUUCUCUCUACCCCAAUGUACCUCUCAACCUGAUUGGAUUCCAACUUGGAAAAUGUGAUCAAUCCAGGAAAAUAGUUGUUCUAUCCAACAUCAAUAGCAUGGAAGAUGUGUUACAUCAAAUCAACCAGGGAUCCAUAUAUGUGAUACCAAAUAGAGAUAUUCCCAUGGAUGAGGUGAGGUUGAGAAUAAAUAGGAGAGGGGAAGAAGUGGAGAGCAAUGAGGAUAUUCCUCGCCAUGAUCCUGUGGUAAGGCGCAGAAAUCCUGCAAGAAGCAGGCAUGAAUAUAUACCUGAAAAUGUGUCCCAAGAAAUGAGUUUGACUCAUCGUCCACACAGAAGCACAAAAGAAACUGUAGAAUCUACUUUACCAAACUUCGGCUUGGAGCCUGAGAUUAGUGGAAGUCUGAACCUUUACCAGUUCACUGUGCCAACCCUCCCUGAAGAUGCUGAGAAAAUACAAUUAGAAAUAAAUCGUUCUAAUUGUUCAAAUGAUCUAUUUAAAUUUUAUAGUGAAGAAAAUGUGACAGAAAAACGUUUGCUAGUCACAUUCACUGAUGAAAUUGGUGUUGAUGGGGGUGGAUUGACAAAAGAAAUGUUCAACCUUUUUUUUUCUGAAAUUGAGGAUAGAUUCUUCAGGGAUUUGAUACUGGAUAUUGCUGAAAGCUACAUUUAUAUCGAGGGAAAAUUCAUCCCGAACGAUUUAGCAAAAACCUGCCAUCUGUCCAAUAAUGCGCUCGCAUUUCUGUUCGAUGAAAUCCGUUAUGAAAUGGGUGGCGAACAGGUGUGUUUGAUUCGAAAACCGGGCAUUACCACUACAAUGAAAAGUAUGAUAUCUUAUGGUGAGACAAGCACCAAAUUUUUAGACACGGUUGGAUGGGGUCUCGAUGAAAAUAAACAGGUGAUUCUAGAUACACCCAGUCAUACAUUCAGCGGAAAACUACCGCUUAAAUUUUUAAUGGGGUUUGCAGAGGACUAUAAUAAAGGAAUUCUGAAUAUAAAGCAGGAGCUUAUACUCAUCAUAGCACGCUCAUUCAAAAACUCCUAUAUGGGGGAAGUUGAUGCGAAUGUGACGAUCAACAAAAUCGAAUGGAAGAUAAGGCAUGUGAUGCCGUCCGAUAGGCAGAAAUUGAAGUUGUUGAAUCGAUUGAAUAAAAGUUCUACAGCAAAAAUCAAGUUAGCAUACAGGAUGUGUGAUUUGUAUGAGUUACCGGCCAUUCGUGAAACAGCUUCAGAUAUUUGGGCUAUCAAAACAACUAGUAGCCUCGAGCGCCCGCGAUACAUCAUUAUCGGUUUUCAAAGCUCCGAUAAUACAGAUGAUAGAUCCAAGGACGCUACGAAAUUCAUUCACGCAGGAGUGAAUAAUAUUCGCCUUUACUUGAAUUCAGAAGUUUACCCAUAUGAGCGCUGGAAUUUGGAUUUCGACAGAAAGUUAGAUGCUGUGGCUUUCUAUGCAUACGAAAAUUUCCAACGUAGUUACUAUGGCAAAGAUAUGGGUGAACCAAUGAUGAGUAUUGAGGAGUUCCGAAAAAAUCCGUUAUUCAUCAUCGACUGCUACCACCAACCCGAUGCGAUGAAAACUUCUACUGUCGACAUCAAAUUGGAGUUUGAAACCCGCGAAACGAAGUUUCCACCAAACACAAAGGUCCACAUUGCUGCAGACAACCCCUAA